GUUUUUAAUCGACGGCCAAACCGAAAUUGUUUUAAGACUGAAAGAGGGUGGAGAAACACCCGUAGGUACUUUAAUUUAUAAGUUAAGAGGAGCAGAUCCUGACGGUGACAGGUUGCUGUUUGGUGUACGAAAUAGUCAAGUUAGCGAUAUCAUUCGAGUGGAAAGUACUUCACGCACGGAAGCCAGUGUGUUUUUAAACAAAGAAUUGGACAGGGAGGAAAGAGACGAAUAUGCUUUGGUCCUGACAUUGACAGACGGCCAUCUAGGUCAAGGCAACUACGUAACCCAAAGCCUGCUGCUGCUUGUGGAGGAUGUGAACGAUAACAUUCCGAUUUUCAAAAACCAUCAACCGUCCGUCAUGGUCAGGGAGGACGAGUCCACUGGUCCGAUUGCCACUCUGGAAGCGACCGAUGCCGAUGAGGGCGCCUACGGACAAGUUGUCUAUCAUCUUGGCGAAACUGAUGAUGCACCAUUGUUCAGUGUCAGCACUGUCGGCGAAAAGGCUGUCGUUCGUCUUAUAGUGCAUGCUGUGGAUGGCGAUCGAGGAGUCAACAAUCCCAUUGAGUACUCCAUAUCAUCAAACAGCAUCACAAAUGCAGAGGCAUCUCUAUUCAGCAUCAAUGCUGAUACAGGAUUGGUUGUAACAUCUAACCUGGUCGAUAGAGAAUCAGGAUCUGAAAGCUUCAUCUUACAAAUAACCGCCACCGAGUUACAAAGCAGCAUUACCCCACACCCGUCUACUACGACAGAAGUAACUGUUAUGAUAAUGGACGAAAAUGAUGAAAGUCCAAGAUUCAAAAGUACGCGAUAUGAAUGCGAGAUUUCCGAAAACUCCCCCGUAAACACGCCUGUCACUUUUUUAGGAAACGCCAUACCUGAAGUUUUUGAUUUUGACCAAGUAAGAUUUUUCUUAUAUGGAAGGGGUUUAGUUAACAUAGUUUUCAAUACAGGUUAUUAUUUACAAAUUACAAGUAUGAAUUUGUUAUUGUUAUCCUAUGCUUUAAUUUUUUGUGUUGUGGCUUUUGCUAUUCAUGUUUUUUCCCUUAGUUAA